AUGGCGAGGCUGUGCGAGCGCAAACCCCAUCUUCUCCCCCGCGUUAGUGCGAACGAACAUUCAGCUCCCCCCUUUCGUGCUUCCGCCCCCGAUUUCGCUGCCUCCGCCCCUCUCCGGCCUCCGCUCCGGCGCACUCACACCAAGAUGGAAGCCCUCAACUUGUCGCUGCUCACGGACCAGACCGCGCCGCGCGGAUUGAUUCCACCCACCGCAGCCGGAUCUAGCACCGUCGUAGCAGCCGCCACCGCGGAGCUCGUGGUCGACGCCCCGCAACAGGCUGUCCUCCCCAACAGCAAGCGGAAGCGGCUGGGGCAGCACGUUGUCGCCGCUCCUCCCGCUGUUGCUGCCCCUCCCGUACCCGCUCCGACCAAGCGGGUGAAGAGGCCGGCCAACAAGCCGCCGGCGCAGAAGAAGCUGGCGCUGAAGAAACCCGCUGCGAAGAAGCCAGUCACCGCCAAGAUGGCGUCGUUGACAGCUUUGACGGCGGCGAUGGCAAAGGCGUCGUCGGCAUCUGCUGCUGCGCACAAGGUGGUCGACGAAAGUCCCGCCGUUGAUGUUGCGCCAGAGUCGUACAUUGACAUGCCCAACGAGGCGUCCGUCGACAUCGAUUAG